AUGCAACUCGGAGCCAUCUUCCCCCAGACUGAAAUCGGCGCCGACCCCAUCGCCGUCAAGGACUUCGCCCAGGCCGCCGAGGCCCUGGGUUACGAGCACCUGUUGGUCUUCGACCACGUCCUCGGCGCCGACCACACCCAGCGCGCGGAGUGGAACCGUCCCUACAACAAGGACGAUAUGUUCCACGAACCUUUCGUGAUGUUCGGCUACCUCGCCGCCCUCACCGAGAAGAUCGAGUUCUGCACCGGCAUCAUCAUCCUGCCCCAGCGCCAGACCGCCCUGGUCGCCAAGCAGACUGCGGAGGUAGACGUCCUCACCAACGGCCGCCUGCGCCUGGGCAUCGGCGUGGGCUGGAACGAGGUUGAGUUCGAGGCGUUGGGCGAAAACUGGGAGAACCGCGGCCGCCGCUCCGCCGAGCAGGUCGAGGUCAUGCGUAUGCUCUGGACCCAGGAGGUCGUGAACUACGAGGGCCGUUACCACAAGAUCACCCACGCCGGCAUCAAUCCCCUGCCCGAUUCCGGUGAACCCCAUCCCGGAUCCACACUGAGGAUACGAAUUAUGACCGACCAAGAAUCCAACGUUACUCUGAUCUGGGCAGCAGACCUGGUGCGGCACUCGGCUUUCCUGCGCCAGGAGAUCGCCGGCAUCGAUUUCGGUGUGAUGACGGAUCUGACCGGAUUGUCGGAAGACGGGAUAGCGUCGGCUGUUCAAGAAUUCGAUCGCAGCGCGCAGGUAACCGCCCAGUUCAAACGCCUCGUCCAUGGCAUCCCGGUCGGUUCAUUCGUCGUAACGGGAGCUGCCAAGGGCGUCAGCCGGCGAGAUCGCAGGGUCAAGUGGGCCAGCCAGUCCUACUCGGAAGAGGAGCUGACACGGCUGAUCGAGGUCAACCCGGGCGGCCGCCGGUCCACGGUGACCCCGCUGAGUGUCGUUUACGCUCCGGAACACGACGCCGGCGCGGUAUAA